CCAGGAAGUGAGGCCACUACCACGGCGCAUGCGCAACGGCGCAACGAUUUAGGAAUUCAGGAAUGAAGGAUUUCGGCGCGCUGCGUUUUUGUUAUCGGUAGCACGGUUGGAGGUGGAAGAUUGAUAUGAAUCAUGGAUGACACAGAAGAUGAUUAUAUGUCUGAUUCCUUCAUUAAUAUUAACCAGGACAUCAGGCCAGGAAUGCCGAUUUUGAGACGUGUAAAGGAAACUUUUAAAAAAGAGGAAAAAGCAAAAGAAGCUAACCAGAAAAGUAGGCAAAAGAGCAUCAAAGAACAAGAAAAAGAGCAACGUGAUGGUUUAAAUGUUGCUUUGGGGAAUGAAAAUAAAGGCUUUGCUAUGCUCCAGAAGAUGGGGUACAAAAGUGGCCAGCCUCUUGGCAAAAGUGGAAAGGGGAUUGUUGAGCCCAUUCCUCUGAAUAUUACCACAGGAAGAAGUGGGCUUGGCCAUGAAGAAUUACAAAACGAAGAAGCUGAAGAAAAGCUGGAAAACUACAGGAAAAAAAUGCAUGUGAAAAAACAAGUGGAAAAGCAGACAACUGACCUCUUCAAAAUGAGAUUGAAGACCAAGCAGGAGCAACUGCAAGUAAAACGGGACCUCGAGAAAAGUCAGAAAGCCUGCCAACAAUUAGAUACCCAGAAAGGCCUUGAAGUCCCCAAAGAGGUUUGGUACUGGUUAAAUUUAAAGACUGAAGAAGACAAAGAUGAAGAAGAAGAGGAGGAGGAGGAGGAGGAGGAGGAUGGACUCAAUGAAUCAGAAAAGUUAAUCAGUUUAACAACUUAUUUAAGAGAGGAAUAUCUCUAUUGCAUCUGGUGCGGAACUGCCUACCAAGAUCAAGAAGAUCUAUCUUCAAAUUGCCCUGGGAGCACAUAUACAGAUCAUGAAUAAAUCUAUAAAAAUUCAAAACAAUAGCAACAUUCUGUAAUUUCAAUGAAGAGCAGAGCUGUGAACUUUGUUGUUCUAUAUUUUUCAUUGAGCAAAUUAGUUGUUUGUCAAUGUUCUAUGUUUGGGUAUAAAAUGGGCUUUCUGCUCUAUUUAAAAAUUCUUUGGAGUAGGAACUAAUUUGUUAUUUUUCCAAGUUAUUAUUAUUUUUAAAUCCUGUUUACUUCUGAAAAAACAAAAUUAAAAAUCUAUCAUAAUAGAUUAGAUGCUGCAAAUUGGAUAAAUGCAUGGUUUGAUUUCAGCAAAGUAAAAAUUUCAAGAAACCCUAAAACGAUAAUAAAUUUAGCUGUUUGAAGGUCGUUCUGUUUAAGUUCACAAGAAAACUUGGAACAUAGAAUUUGAUAAGGGGAUCAUGGAAAAUAAUCCAUUCUUCAAGACACACAAACCUCAUUGUGCUUUUCUUCUCCUCUUUAUUAAGUUCUUAGCUUUUUAGCCAAAGUUAUUAGGCAAAAUUGAAGUAAUGCAUAGACAUGCAGCUGUGAUUUGGUGUAUGCAUCACCAUUGCUGAGUUAAUCAUUGGUUUGAGUUUAUUUUGAGCUUCUGGCAAUCUGAAUAACUUUUCUACAAACUCUUCCUUAGAGUUAACCAAAAGUCGGAACAACGUAGGUGACUGACAGCAUGAUGCUAUCUUCAGACUUAGCCCUGGGGUUUCCUCUGUACCAAUCAACAUGUCCCGUGUUGUGUUUUAGCCAUAUAUCUUAUUUUUUUAAUUUUCCAGAGAUUCUUCAAGAGUCUUAUCACAAGUUGUAUAGAACAAAAUGAUCUUUAGAAGCCAGCAAAACUCAAGUACUCAAGCUUUACCUACUUCCUAUCAUUUAAUAUGGCUACAAGUUUACAUUGGAAUUCUUCCCAGUUACUAGCUUCCCAACCAAGAGAUUUUUGUAAAAGGAGAUGGAAAAUCUGAGAUUCAGGAGACUACCAGAAAUAAUUGUACAGCUUCAUUUGUUAAUAUUUAUUGAAGUCUAGUUCAUCCUUUCUCUUUUUUUUUUUUUACUUUGGAAAACCCUUGAAAUAAUUUCCAGGUCUUAGGGAACUCCUGCAUACAAAUUCCCAUGGUUUAGUAUAAACCAUCCUUAUUAUAUCUACAGGUCAUAAAUUCAUUGGCAGGUUCAUAAGAUAUACAUAUAAUACUACUAAUAAUUGUCAAUGUUUUUGAGCCGGGAAUAAUUUUUGUGAAUCUACCAAUUUGACCAACAUAUUAGCCUUUCCUUUUGGUUUGAUUCCUUCUUAUAGAAUAUCGUCUCUAAUGUAAGUCAGUAGAUGCAGGUAGAAAAAACUUCAAAUUUCCUGUUCUUAAAAAUAAAACUGAUAGCUUAUCUUUCUUAAAAUUAAUAUUUCAUUUGCUUUCAUACGUUUUAAAAACUCAAAGCAACAUAGUUUCUAUUAAAAAACCAAGCUUGAAACAAAAUUUUCAAAAAACUUUUUAUUUUUUCAAAGAUCCUCUAACCCACCUCUUGUAGAAUCGGGGGUUGAGUUCAGAAAUGCUGCUCUAAUUUUUUUCUUUUUCCAAAGAAUUUGUGCACGCUAGAUAAAUUACACAAUUUAUACUGGGCAGAAAACAAUACUGAAGAAGUGAAUUCAGGAGAUAUAUUGUUAAUUUUUAACAUUUCUUUAUAUUGUAGAAAUGAGAAAACAAAAGCAAUAUAUGGUCUAGAUGACAUGAAAGGACAGACAGUUAUAUAUCUGGAUUAAUGUCUCCUUUUUAAAAAUGUUCUUCGUUUUAUCAUUAUAGAUAUUUUUUCAACCUUUGACUGUAUCCUAAUUGUUGUGUUAUAUAUUGGUUUGUUUAAUUGACUAAUACAUUAAUAGUUUAGAACAUGGGUACCAAUCUUUUGGCUUGCCUGAAACUAUACUGAGUGAAGAGAAAUUGUCUUGGGCUGUAUAUAAAAAUAUAAUCAAUG